UUCAAAUGGAGCGCAUGCGCCGUUACGCUAUUCCGGUGCUGAGGAGCCUGUGCUGGGCGGGAAUUCUGGAGGUGUUGUGGUCAUAGCGCGCGCUUUUUCAACUCGGUUCUUUCACUCCUUUAGGAUUUGGUCGGCGGAUCGCAACCAUGAGCCUCUGGGUGGACAAAUACCGGCCGACCUCGCUCUGCAAAAUAGAUUAUCACCGAGAGCAGGCGGCGCAGCUUCGCAACUUGGUUCAGUGUGGUGAUUUUCCUCAUCUGUUAGUUUAUGGGCCAUCAGGAGCUGGAAAGAAGACAAGAAUAAUGUGUCUACUAAGAGAGCUGUAUGGUUCUGGAGUAGAGAAACUGAGGAUUGAACAUCAAACUAUAACAGCACCUUCUAAAAAGAAAAUUGAAAUCAGCACUAUUGCAAGCAACUAUCAUCUUGAAGUUAAUCCAAGUGAUGCAGGGAACAAUGACCGGGUUGUAAUACAGGAGUUGUUGAAGACAGUAGCGCAGUCACAGCAACUUGAGACAAGUACUCAGCGUGAUUUUAAAGUGGUACUGUUGACAGAAGUGGACAAGCUUACAAAGGAUGCCCAGCAUGCAUUGCGAAGAACAAUGGAGAAGUAUAUGGCCACCUGUAGAUUAAUUCUUUGUUGCAAUUCUACAUCAAAAGUCAUUGCACCCAUCAGGAGUAGAUGCCUUGCAGUGCGAGUCCCUGCUCCAAGCAUUGGAGAUAUCUGUACCGUUUUGUCAAAUGUUUGCAAGAAGGAAGGCCUGACUCUUCCUCAAGAAUUGGCUCGGAGAAUUGCUGAAAAGUCUGGGAGAAAUCUCAGAAAGGCUCUUCUGAUGUGUGAGGCAUGCAGAGUACAGCAGCUUCCUUUCACACCUGAUCAAGACAUUUCUGAGGCUGACUGGGAAGUAUAUCUGAGAGAGACAGCCAAUGCUAUUGUCAGUCAGCAGACACCCCAGAGACUACUUGAAGUCCGUGGGCGACUUUAUGAACUUUUAACUCAUUGUAUUCCUGCAGAGAUUAUAAUAAAGGGCCUUCUGUCUGAACUUCUCAACAACUGUGAUGGGCAACUAAAAGGAGAGGUUGCACAAAUGGCAGCUUUCUAUGAGCACCGAUUACAACUGGGCAACAAAGCUAUUUAUCACCUGGAAGCGUUUGUAGCCAAGUUUAUGGCCCUUUAUAAAAAGUUUAUGGAAGAUGGACUUGAAGCUAUGAUGUUCUAAUACAUAGGUUUGAGAAUGCUCAUAGUUUGUGAUUCUGAACUGUAUGAACUGCAGACCACAAGAGUUUUACUGUAUCCUGGCAAUAAAAUCAAAAUAGUUGAAUUUCAGUAAUUCUGUCAUGUAUAACCAUUCAAAGCAGUCCAAUUACUCUGGGAAAAGUAACUUACUUUUGGAAAUUAUCUUGGCAGCAGAGCAAUGCCAGCGUCCAGGAUACUUUUUUGAGAAGUAACCCAAGUGGCUUUUUUUCAUUGUUUCCAUUUAAUUUAAAUUUAGAAUAUUGGCUAAUAUUGGAUAUCUGCAAUUUCCAAUCUUGAAAUAAAAUAGUUUUUAUGGUGUGAUAAAAAGCUAUUGUUUUAUAGUCUGAAAUUAAGCAUGUCUACCAAGAAGCAAUUCAUUAAGUUCAGUGGUAUUUCCUUCUGAAAGGUCUACUGCAAAGCAUAUAUUAUGUUUGCUGCAAAGCAUACCUUAUGACCCCAGUGAUGCUAUUUCUGGAUGAACAUGCAUAAGAUAGCAUCCUUUUUGUUUUUUAACCUAAUCUAAUAAUUAGAAAUAUCCUUUUUGCAGGUUUCACAGGAAUAAGCAGAAUCCAAAGGUUGUUAAAAAUGGAUCAUUGUGUCCAUCAUGUGAGGAUGAAAUGACUUAGCUCUGUUCAUGCUGACGCGUAGGUCUGGAAG